GGCGACCGUGUCUCGGCUGGAGACCAGAGCCUGUGCUACUGGAAGGUGGCGUGCCCUCCUCUGGCUGGCACCAUGCAGCUCCCACUGGCCCUGUGUCUCGUCUGCCUGCUGGUACACACAGCCUUCCGUGUAGUGGAGGGCCAGGGGUGGCAGGCGUUCAAGAAUGAUGCCACGGAAAUCAUCCCCGAGCUCGGAGAGUACCCCGAGCCUCCACCGGAGCUGGAGAACAACAAGACCAUGAACCGGGCGGAGAACGGAGGGCGGCCUCCCCACCACCCCUUUGAGACCAAAGACGUGUCCGAGUACAGCUGCCGCGAGCUGCACUUCACCCGCUACGUGACCGAUGGGCCGUGCCGCAGCGCCAAGCCGGUCACCGAGCUGGUGUGCUCCGGCCAGUGCGGCCCGGCGCGCCUGCUGCCCAACGCCAUCGGCCGCGGCAAGUGGUGGCGACCUAGUGGGCCCGACUUCCGCUGCAUCCCCGACCGCUACCGCGCGCAGCGCGUGCAGCUGCUGUGUCCCGGUGGUGCGGCGCCGCGCGCGCGCAAGGUGCGCCUGGUGGCCUCGUGCAAGUGCAAGCGCCUCACCCGCUUCCACAACCAGUCGGAGCUCAAGGACUUCGGGACCGAGGCCGCUCGGCCGCAGAAGGGCCGGAAGCCGCGGCCCCGCGCCCGGAGCGCCAAAGCCAACCAGGCCGAGCUGGAGAACGCCUACUAGAGCCCGCCCGCGCCCCUCCCCACCGGCGGGCGCCCCGGCCCUGAACCCGCGCCCCACAUUUCUGUCCUCUGCGCGUGGUUUGAUUGUUUAUAUUUCAUUGUAAAUGCCUGCAACCCAGGGCAGGGGGCUGAGACCUUCCAGGCCCUGAGGAAUCCCUGAGGCGCCGGCAAGGCCCCCCUCAGCCCGCCAGCUGAGGGGUCCCACGGGGCAGGGGAGGGAAUUGAGAGUCACAGACACUGAGCCACGCAGCCCCGCCUCUGGGGCCGCCUACCUUUGCUGGUCCCACUUCAGAGGAGGCAGAAAUGGAAGCAUUUUCACCGCCCUGGGGUUUUAAGGGAGCGGUGUGGGAGUGUGAAAGUCCAGGGACUGGUUAAGAAAGUUGGAUAAGAUUCCCCCUUGCACCUCGCUGCCCAUCAGAAAGCCUGAGGCGUGCCCAGAGCACAAGACUGGGGGCAACUGUAGAUGUGGUUUCUAGUCCUGGCUCUGCCACUAACUUGCUGUGUAACCUUGAACUACACAAUUCUCCUUCGGGACCUCAAUUUCCACUUUGUAAAAUGAGGGUGGAGGUGGGAAUAGGAUCUCGAGGAGACUAUUGGCAUAUGAUUCCAAGGACUCCAGUGCCUUUUGAAUGGGCAGAGGUGAGAGAGAGAGAGAGAGAAAGAGAAAGAAUGAAUGCGGUUGCAUUGAUUCAGUGCCAAGGUCACUUCCAGAUUUCAGAGUUGUGAUGCUCUCUUCUGACAGCCAAAGAUGAAAAACAAACAGAAAAAAAAAAAAAAAAAAAAGUAAAGAGUCUAUUUAUGGCUGACAUAUUUACGGCUGACAAACUCCUGGAAGAAGCUAUGCUGCUUCCCAGCCUGGCUUCCCCAGAUGUUUGGCUACCUCCACCCCUCCAUCUCAAAGAAAUAACAUCAUCCAUUGGGGUAGAAAAGGAGAGGGUCCGAGGGUGGUGGGAGGGAUAGAAAUCACAUCCGCCCCAACUUCCCAAAGAGCAGCAUCCCUCCCCCGACCCAUAGCCAUAUUUUAAAGUCACCUUCCGAAGAGAAGUGAAAGGUUCAAGGACACUGGCCUUGCAGGCCCGAGGGAGCAGCCAUCAGAAACUCACAGACCAGCACAUCCCUUUUGAGACACCGCCUUCUGCCCGCCACUCACAGACACAUUUCUGCCUAGAAAACAGCUUCUUACUGCUCUUACAUGUGAUGGCAUAUCUUACACUAAAAGAAUAUUAUUGGGGGAAAAACUACAAGUGCUGUACAUAUGCUGAGAAACUGCAGAGCAUAAUAGCUGCCACCCAAAAAUCUUUUUGAAAAUCAUUUCCAGACAACCUCUUACUUUCUGUGUAGUUUUUAAUUGUUAAAAAAAAAAAAGUUUUAAACAGAAGCACAUGACAUAUGAAAGCCUGCAGGACUGGUCGUUUUUUUGUAAUUCUUCCACGUGGGACUUGUCCACAAGAAUGAAAGUAGUGGUUUUUAAAGAGUUAAGUUACAUAUUUAUUUUCUCACUUAAGUUAUUUAUGCAAAAGUUUUUCUUGUAGAGAAUGACAAUGUUAAUAUUGCUUUAUGAAUUAACAGUCUGUUCUUCCAGAGUCCAGAGACAUUGUUAAUAAAGACAAUGAAUCAUGA